CCCAAGCCAAUCGACGUUUUCGGGAGUGAUGAACUCGAUUUUGAUUACUGGCUGCAACCGCGGCCUGGGGUUGGGGCUUGUGAAGUCGCUGGCGAAAUUGCCGAAGCCCCCGCAGCAUAUUUUUGCAACAUGUCGAGACGCCGAGCAAGCCGUGGAAUUGAAGCAGUUUGCAGACAGUUGCAAAAAUGUUCACAUCUUGCAAAUUGAUUUGCUUAAUUUCGAGGCAUAUGACAAUUUAUUAGCCCAAGUAUCCUCUAUUGUUGGAGAUAAAGGCCUAAAUGUGUUGAUUAAUAAUGCAGGAGUAGCGCCCAAAUCAGUAAGAAUUAAUAUGACGAACCAAAAGGACAUCAUCAACACAUUGACUACCAAUGUCGUAGUACCAAUCAUGUUCGCAAAAGCGUGCAUCCCACUUCUGCAAAAAGCAUCCGAAAUUAAUGGUUCAAAGUCCAUGGGAGUAGAACGUGCUGCUAUAAUCAACAUGAGUUCAAUUUUGGGAUCAAUCGAAGCAAACACAGACGGAGGCUUGUACGCAUACAGAACAUCAAAGGCUGCCCUCAACGCUGCCACCAAGUCCUUAAGUAUUGAUUUAAGUAAAAAUAAAAUUCUCUGUAUGAGUAUGCAUCCAGGAUGGGUGAAAACUGAUAUGGGAGGCAAGAACGCACCUCUUGACGUAGAAACUAGUUGUGGUGGAAUGGUCAAAACAAUAAUGGAGUUAAAUGAAUCCCACAAUGGAGGAUUUUAUCAAUAUGAUGGCAAGAAGUUGCCAUGGUGAUGAACUCGUUCGUAAGGGCAAAGCCUAUUAGUGGAAGCUACGUGAAUGUUGUCUAACGCUAUACAACAAUUAACUAGAAUUUAUGUAGUAAAAAAUUGAGAUUGUUUUCCAAUAAAAGCAAUUUAUUAGA